AUGACGCGCGCUCAACAGACCCUCUCCGUGCUCCUGCUCGUGUCCUCGCUCUACCUCUCCCUCUAUCUGGGCCUUGUGCCCCUGAAUGAGACCCUACAGACCGAGGUCAUCCCCGUGCUGCCUUUCUAUGCGGUGAUCGUCUUCGGUUGUUACCUACUCGGCCGGCUCGGUGUCGCCAUUUUCACCUUCAACGACGUCCCCGAGGCGCACGCGGAGCUGCAGAAAGAGAUUGAACAGGCCAAGAUUGAGCUGCGCCAGGGCAAGGUGGACGUGGACUAA